CUGGAGACACGGACAGCAAUCUGUGCAGUGGACAGACUGCUUUGAAACAGAAUAGAACACAUUGUGGGCAUAUGAUAGAAAGCCCUAAAAAAUCAAGUUGUCAGUAAUGCAGAUGUAGAAUAUUUACACCAUAUCCCGCUAUUUUUUUUUUCCUUUUUUUUUUGGUUUUUGUUCAACAUGAUUGAAACGCUCAUAUCAGGGAACUUAUCAGAGACUGGGAAAAAUUCUUUCCCAACUCUUUCUAGAAUUUCGGAUAAUGAUGUUGACAGCAUCUGGACAAAUGUGUCAGCAUUUGUUGAACGUCAGAUGUCCUUUCAGAAGGGUGUCAGUAUUCCAGGACUGGGGACCUUUACUUUCUCACAGCAAACGCUCGAUGUGGGAAAUAGAAUCAUUUUAAUUCAGAGACCCAUAUUUCUGAUUUCUGAAAAAUUUGCACAAACUCAUGGGCUAAAGCAAACCAAACUGUUCUCUGCAGGUGACGUCCCCGUGGUCCAGCUGAACUUCACAUCUCUGUCCCUGGAGAGCCCUUUCGAUCGGGACACGGUGGAAGGCUGUGUGCGGGAGACACUUCUGCUCCUGUCCCGCUCCGUCGCCCUCAAGCGGAAUGUCCUGUUUGCUUUCCACAGCAUCGGAGUCAUCUCUAUCCGGGAGGGCAAAGUCAAGAUGAAGUUUUACCGGGACUUUCUGAACUCCAUGGACGGUAGCGGCAGCUUGGUCAAAGCUCUUUCAAACAGACCAGGGACCUGUGAUUCUGUGUUAACAGCGAGGGAGUCACAGGCACGGCCAGUCACAAGCAACACAGUCCUGCUUCCAAGAAUUCAUUCCAGGCACCUGGGAAUGGAGACAGUUCCAGAAGAGAGGAAAGAGACGACCAGAGGAGAGGAAGGAGAGGAAGGAGAGGUGACAGGAGAGCCCCCCAGCAACAGACAGCUGCUCUCCAGGCAGACAUUGACACCGGCAAAAGUGACUAGGAUCAGUGUGCCUGAUGAUCUGGAGAGAAGCAUAAAGAACACAGCCCCAGUGGAAAGGCUGAUCUCUCCAGUCCCACCUCCUGCAGUCAAUGACACAAAACAGCAGGGGAGCACACCCCCCCCAUUGAAACGAGCAGUGAGCUCCCCAGUCACUGCCUGUGCUGACCACUGCAGAGCAGGACAGGAGCUGUGCUACCUGUGCAUGCAGAGAGCCCGGAGGAAUGUGCCAGUGUACUUCCACGAGGAGAGGAAGCGCCAGCAAGAGGAUGAAGAGAGAGUGCUGAUGCAGUACCAGCAACUAAAAGACCAGGCUUACCUAGAUAAGAAACAGAAUGACAUGCUGGCCGCAAGAGAAAACAAUAAGAAGAGUGCAGCCUACAACUUGGGAGUCUCUGAAGCGAUCAAAGCCAGUAAAACUACAAAAUCCACAUUCAGUAGCUCCUAUAUCUUUCCUAAGAGGCCCAGGACACCGUGCCGCUUCCCCAGACAGGAGGAGUACAAGCAGAGCCUGUCGCUGCAAGUAGGGGCGAAAAAGGAGAAAGAGGCCAAGAGUAAACAAGACCAAGAGUUUCUGGAUCGACUCGAACUGACACAGCUAGCUGAGGAUCUAGCAGCCCAAACAGAGCAGCAUUUAAGGAAUAAAGCUGAAAAAACCAUGAACUACCAAAAGGCAUUGGAUGCUCAGGUGAAGACAAGAGCUCAUGGUUUGCCCUCUAUUGAGCCAAACUCGGAGGAUCCUGUCUUUGGCAACACCGUUGGGACAUAUGACAAGCUGCUGGAGCAGAGGCGGCGUGCCCACGAGCUUUACCGGUACCAGCUGGAGGUGUCUGCCAAGAAGAGGAAGGAUGCCCUGCUUAACCGCAUUGUGGAGCAGAAGAAAGAGCAGGACAUACUUGAGAGAAACAGGAAGGAACUGAUCGUAGAUCGCGUCGCUCACUAUGACAAGCUGCGCAGCUGGCGUGCCUCACUGGAGGAGACGUGGGCCAAGACUGCUGAGGCCAAGCGGCAACGAGGUUUGGAGGAGGAGCAGUUCAGAAAGUCUGGUAGCCAUCUGUUAUUGGAGCAAUGUCAAAAAUACGGACGCUGCUAUAGGUGCAAACGCCGCACAACCAACUGUGGAGAAUCCAAUAUCUGGAUGGAAUCCAGAUACAUCCCAGGAUCACGGUUAAUGAUUUAAAACAAUUCUAAUAAUAAAUAACCCCUUCCCCCUUUAUUAGUUUCUGAUGAUUCAUACCAACCUAAUGUUUUGUGUUAAUCUUGAUCAUUAUUUUUAUUAGUGUUGAUUUGUUGGUUAAAUUCAAGGGCUUUAAUUUUUUAUUUCUGGUUAGCUUUUUUUGUUUAAAAAAAUGUAUGUCAUUAUUUUGGUGCUCAAGAAAAUAGCUGGGCUGACACUUUUUUCAGAUUAUGAUCAAUGUUUAAUGAAUCAGUUUCUAUAAUUAUCCCACUGAGUCAGGAUGAUUUUGAGGAGAAAAUAUACUGCUGUUUGCGUAGUGAACUGGUGUCAUUGAACUAAUGUUAAAAGACAAUAAAUGUGACUAAAA